UGAAAAUGGCGGAUGGGAACGAAUCGCUUUAACUUUAUCGCACAAUAACAAGGAUAGUGGAUGAAAACGACAGAAUUACUCAUGAAUAUGGAGGACGCUAACCCCCGCUACAGCAAGCGCCUGCGCACAGGUACCCGGCGGCGUUAUCAAGACGAUGGGAUUUCUGACGAUGAGAUCGAGGGGAAGAGGUCCUUUGACUUGGAAGACAAACUCCACAGCAACCGCUACAACUCUGACCUGGUCAAAAUCAUGGAAGGCAAAGAUUUCACCUUUGAGUAUAUCCAGCGGGAGGGACUUAGGGACCCCCUGAUCUUUGAGACAGCAGAUGGCCUUGGUAUUCAGAUGCCUGAUCCAGACUUCAGCGUGAGUGAUGUGAAACUGUUUGUAGGCAGCCGAAGGGUGAUUGAUGUAAUGGAUGUGACCACUCAGAAGGGAAUAGAGAUGUCGAUGGGGCAGUGGAGGCGGUAUUAUGAGACUCCGGCCUCUGAGAGGGAGAAGCUGUAUAACGUUAUCAGUCUGGAAUUCAGCCACACUAAACUGGAGAACCUGGUCAAGAGGCCUGCUUCGGUGGAUCUGAUUGACUGGGUGGAUAACAUGUGGCCACGGCAUUUAAAGGAGAGACAACGCGAUUCAACUAAUGCUAUCAUAGACAUGCACUACCCCAAAGUCCAGAAGUACUGUCUGAUGAGUGUGGAGGGCUGCUUCACUGAUUUCCACAUUGAUUUUGGAGGGACGUCUGUGUGGUAUCAUAUACUGCGGGGAGGCAAGGUGUUCUGGCUGAUUCCGCCCACGCCGCACAACCUGGAGCUCUAUGAGAACUGGGUGUUGUCAGGGAAACAGGGAGACAUCUUUCUCGGCGAUAAAGCCACCGCUUGUCAACGCAUUGAUCUGAAACAGGGAAAUACUUUCAUGAUCCCCUCAGGUUGGAUCCAUGCUGUGUACACUCCUGUCGAUACUCUGGUGUUUGGAGGGAAUUUCUUACACAGUUUUAACAUUCCCAUGCAGCUCAACAUUUACAACAUAGAGGAUCGCACUCGGGUCCCAGCGAAGUUCCGUUAUCCGUUUUAUUAUGAGAUGUGUUGGUAUGUGCUGGAGCGUUACCUCUACUGUCUCACCAACAUCUCCCACCUCACCCCAGAGUUCCAGAAAUUCUCUCUGGGCAUUGGUUUGAAAAAAGAGGAUCUGAAAGCAGACGGAAAGCUGAAUGGCCAUGUCGGAGAUGCGGUCAAAGAAGAGAAGGAGGAAGAAGAUGAGGAAGAGGAGGCGCCUUCUCCUCCUGCCCGGCCGGGGGUUAAAGUUCAUUUGACGCCCUUUGAACUUGAGGGUCUGUGGCAGCUACUGCAUAAGCUGGAGGAGCUCCCAGCACAUAAGAAAUGUGUCCCAGCUGGUAUUCGCAAUGCACCAGCCCUGCUCAGCGACAUGAGGAACCUAUUGGAGGAGCAUGCUAAUGAUGAUCCCCAGUUGUCUUACACUGGAAAACCCAUCGUCAAAUGGCCCAUGAGGCCCUCGUGGUACCAGCCGCCCCCUCCUCCUGCAUCUCUGCUCUAUCGGCCGCGUCUGCCAGGCUCAGGGCCCAUCCUGCCCCCUGUGGCUCGGCCGGUGAAGCCGGCGUCGUCCAUUUCGGCUCUGCGGCGGAGGCGCGUGCGGUGCAAACGGUGCGAGGCGUGCCUCAGGUCUGAGUGCGGAAACUGCAACUACUGCAGAGACAUGAAGAAAUUUGGAGGUCCAGGCAGACUCAAGCAGACCUGUGUGCUUCGACAGUGUCUCGCUCCCAUGCUACCUCUGUCUGCCGUGUGUGAGGUGUGUAAAGAGGGAAACCAGGACUCAGAGGGCACGACCAAUGUCCAAACACUUAUGGAGUGCUCCAACUGCGCCCAAAUAGCCCACCCAGAAUGCAUUAAGGUGCCUGGGGAAGGAAUCAUCAAUAAGGACCUGCCUAGUUGUUGGGAGUGUCCCAAAUGUGUCCAAGACAAGAACAGUGAGUCUUCCAGUAGCAGUGGGGAGGAUGAAGAGGAGGAAGAAGGCAGUGCUUCGGCAGGCUCUCACUCCUCUGCUCCCCCGGCCAAGAGGGCAUACAGAGAAGGCAUCGGUGUAGGUCGCAAGGGUCGGCCGCCCCUAUCGCCGUCUCUGCCUCAAACCCGCUCUAAACGCCAGCCCCCGCCCUCACAGAGACUGUUACUACAGCAACAGCAGAACAGGAAGAGAGCUGGAGCACUGGAACUGCAGCUCAGGAAACGAAUAAAAUUGGAGCGCAACAAAAUCCUGAAAUCGCUCCUGCGGCAGAGGAGUCUGGAGAGAGGAGGCGUAGUCAGGGCGAGUCCGGGCAAGGGUGUGUCUCGUGGAAGAGGGCUGUCAUCUUUUCGGGGUAGAGGCGUGCGCCUGAGAGGUGGAGGAAGAGGAGGAGGAGCAGGGGGUCUCAGACAGGACUCAGAGAUGGAGGACGAGAGACAGGAGUCAGAAGACGAUGAGGAUGCAGAGGAAGAAGAGAGGAGAGAGAACGGACAGAGGGGAGGGAAAGAGAACCGGCCUCAGAAACGAGCAGGAAGAGUGAAAGAGGAGGAUGAUGCUGAUGGAGGUCAGAAUGGAGAGAGAGAGGAAGAGGAGGAUGAGGAAGGAGCGGAAUCACAGACCGACUCUCCUGUGAUGCUUAGUGAUGAGGUCAGGAAUCAGGGGUCGUGUGUCACCGUGACCCUACAGCCCUCUAGAGGUCGACGCGACCCCAGUGCCAUUGUCCCCAAACUGGAGGCCAACGUGUCUCCCAGAACCACGCCCCCCAACCAAACCUACAUCCAGCGCAAAUCCCUGCUCCGCCCCCCGCUGCGUAACGGCACCACACACUCGGACAAGCCACUCCCACACACAGAGAGCUCACAUGUUCGCUCAGACAGGUUACACCCAUGCUCCGAUAAACUACACUCGGACAAGCCCCUCCCACCCACCACGUCCACCCUGACCAGGGACACUGCCAGAGAUGCUUACCUGAGCUCCAGUUUCCGCGGCAACGCCAAAGGCUCCUCCCAUGGCUCAAGCCGGGAGAGAGUGAGAAAACGGAUACGGGCAGAAAGGGGGGCGUCAUCUCCAGCCUCUUCCUCCAGCUCUCCCUCGCUCCUCUCGUCGGUGCAGGACGGAGGAAGCGAGCCGGGCUGGGAGAGGGAGGUGUGGGUGUCUGUGUUCCGUUACCUGAGCCGAGCGGAACUGUGCGUGUGUAUGGCUGUGUGCAAGAGCUGGUAUAAAUGGGGAUGUGAUAAGCGUCUGUGGACACGGAUAAGUCUGAGUCGUUGUCGGUCCAUCAGCCCUCAGGCUUUGUCAGGCAUCAUUAAACGCCAGCCUGUCACACUGGACCUCUCCUGGACCAGCAUCUCCAAGAAACAGCUCACAUGGCUCAUCAACAGACUGCCAGGGCUGAAGGACCUGGUGCUGUCGGGAUGCAGCUGGACGACAGUCUCUGCUCUUAGCUCUCCCAGCUGUCCCCUACUCCGCUCGCUAGACCUGCGCUGGGCUGACGGCGUCAAAGACACACAGAUCAGAGAACUCCUCAACCCGCCAGGCUGUGAUAACCGCUCUAAGCUACGUAAUGUGCAGUGUCUGUGGCUGUGUGGUUUGGAGGUGAGUGAGGCCACUCUGAGGCUGAUCAUUCGCCACAUGUCCCUGCUAACCCGUCUGGAACUCUCUCACUGCCCCCUCAGUGACCAGGCCAUCAACCUGCUCACCGCUGUUGGCUCGUCCACACGCAACACACUCGCACACCUCAACCUGGCAGGCUGCAGCCGGCUGACGGACCGUUGUCUGGUGUACCUGCGGCGGCUGUCCUGUCUGUCUGUGUUGGACCUGCGCGGCUGCAAGGGCGUUUCACGCCAGGCCUGUGAGAGCUUCAUCUCCGAGCUGUCAGUCAACGCCCUCUACUGCCUAUCAGAUGACAAACUCAUCCAGAGGAUCUCAUAGAGCCCGCCCACUCAAGGAGAGAGAGACUGACUGUGGUGUGGGAGGGCAGCGCGUGUGUAGAAGUGUUUGUGUGUA